ACCAGGCGACAUAACUGUUUUCAUUGCGGUAGUUUCCUGUUGGUGAUAACUUAGCUGAGCUAACUCUCGUGGCAUCAUUUAUCAGGUUUGUUUAGAAAAUGUCUCGCUCGGCUCUGAGCUGCCCGGGCUGCGGCUCGUCAAACAUCAUAGACGAUGAUUUGUAUGCGCAGUCACAGCUGGUGUGUGUGGACUGUGGCGCCGUGGUGUCAGAAGGAUCACUGGCUGACGAACACGUCGAAGGAUCAGGCGUUAACUUCGUCCGAGCCACGACUUCAGCCAAAAAGCCGUGUCCAAACCUGAUAAAAGGCCUGCAGCGUGUAAAAGUCAUUUGUCAGACUCUCAGGGUCCACAGUGGAAUUGAGAAUCUCUCACAGUCUCAUUACCAGCAGGCCUAUCAGCAUGACAGUUUCAUCAAUGUGAGCCUCCAAAAGAAAGACGUUCUCGCUGGUUGCUGUGUGCUCGUGAGCUGUCGACUGCUUAACUGGCCCAUUACCAUGGGAACCAUCGGCUGCCUGGUGGAUGCUGAUCUGGAGAUGGUGGGAGCCGUUUAUAGAGAGAUGGUCAAGAUUCUCAACAUUGUGGCUCCAAUUAUUAGCGUCACAGAUGUGAUGGAGGCCCACGUUCAGGAGUAUAAAAUCAGUUCUCUUCAUGUUCCUGAGGAUCUGGCUGAGAACCCCAAAGACUUGACCAAACGAGCCGUAGCUCUGGUGGAGCUGGCAGCAGACACCUGGAUUGUGACUGGCCGGAGGCCCAUCCCCAUCAUGAUGGCUGCAAUCUAUUUGGCUUGGCAGUCCUUGAAACCCACCAAGCAGCGACUCAAAUUCUCCUUGGACAAAUUCUGUCAGAUUGCCAAAGUGAAUAAGCAUAGGCCAGCUAUGAAGAGAAUUGCCGAGAUGAAGGGGGUGCUGUGUAAGCUGGGUAAGGAGAUUCCCUGGGUCAGUGAAGCAGUUACUGCAGAUAAUAUUGUUUUGCAUGUGGCGGAUGUUCUGCAGCACAGGUACACGCUGUUAAAGAGGGCACAGAGGAGCCAUGAGAAAGCUCUGCUGGACAAUUGUGAAGUCAGUUGUGGGGACUCUCAAACCGAGGACGGCGGAGCUCCCUCCCAGAUCUCUGACUUUGUAAAUGAAACUUCAAACUCAUCCUCUGUGGAACAAUGUGAACCACAUUCUGAACAAGGAAACGGAUGCGACAACACGUGCACAGUGUCUGAUCCACACGGUGACAGUCAGAAAAGCCAAGGUCCUGCAUCGAACUGGGGUAAGAGAGUGCUGUUUGCUCCCCCAUGUGUGGUCAAUGCUAAGAGGAGGAGAGCGGAGCAGCCAGAGCUGAAAGAUGUCACCGGUGAUGAAGAAAUCUCCGACAGUGAAAUCGACUCUUACAUUCGCACUCCGAAAGAAGCGAGAGACUUUGCUCUGAAUCAGAAGAUGCUGUCUGUGUUGAAAAGUCAGAAAUCAUAGGAAAUCAGUAGGGAUGCACUGAAAUGAAAAUGCUUGACCGAAACACCGAAAGAAAUGAUUACGCCAAUUCUGUGCCAUUUGUUUUUUUUUAACUGUAAUUUUGUUGUUAUGGCUGGGACUGUGUGUAGUUACCUCAUUGCAGUAUAUUAGUAUAUUAUAUUAUAGAUAUAUAGAUUAUUAUUCAUGCUUGAAAAAAAUAAUUCAAUUAAGAAUCUGUGAAAUUAUUUAGGUGCAGACAGACGGGCCUUUUUUUCUGCGCUGUGUGCUUUUCUGGCUUUUGUGCAGAGACUUUCCAUCAUGUGUUGCACCGUUUUCUCACAAUUAUUUGGAACGGUUUUAUUGGUGUUCCAGACUGAUCUUGGAAAUACUCUAAGCGGGAAUAGACAGGCACGUGCUGGCUGCAGUUUUUGCAUGUGUCAUCAACACAACAUCCUGUUUUGGUUGUUUUGUUUCAUGAUUAAAGUCAUGAGCUGAAAACUUUUCAGUGCAUCCCUUUAAAUCAGUUAUGUAAUUGAGACCGGUGGUUGCUACUUAAGUUGUUGAUUAUACUGUACACAUCAAACAUGUAUUUUUAAGCCGAAAUGCCUUUUUAUAUUUUCAGACUUUAUUUAUUUUGACAAUAAAAUGUUGUCCAAACCUUA